AGAAACCCGACGGCGCUGACCCAACCUGGCUGCUGCAGUACUUGCUCUAACUUUGCCGCAGCUGCCUCCCUUCUCUCGGAACCCACUCUCCUAACCCACCCCCGAGAGGCGGAGAGAAUGUGGGAGCACUUCAGAGAGGCCUAGGCUCCGGAGAUCGGGCCAUCUGGGCUCUGAAAGCAAAUUAGUUUUCCAACUCAUGUCUGGCUCCGGCGUUACCCAGACGCCUGGAAGGUCCUUCCUGCAGUCUGAUCACCAUUUUUCCUGCUGCACUGACCAAUCAGCUCCCCUUGGCCUUCAACCUCGGGAACGAUGGAUUAGGGGAGUCUAGAAAUGGACGAAGCCCUAGAAACGCAGCUGAAGACGAGCAGAGGACGCUUCUCGGCUACAGAAUCCCUCCCCACCUUGGAGCUCUUAUCUCAGGUGGACAUGGACUGCAGGGUCCACAUGCGACCCAUUGGCCUGACCUGGGUGCUGCAACUGACCUUGGCAUGGAUCCUGCUAGAAGCCUGUGGAGGGAGCCGCCCACUCCAAGCCAGGUCCCAGCGACACCAUGGGCUGGCAGCUGAUCUGGGCAAAGGCAAGCUGCACCUGGCAGGACCUUGUUGUCCCUCAGAGAUGGACACAACAGAGACAUCGGGCCCUGGAAACCAUCCAGAACGCUGUGGAGUGCCGAGCCCUGAAUGCGAAUCCUUCCUGGAACACCUCCAACGUGCCCUUCGCAGUCGCUUCCGCCUGCGGCUAUUGGGGGUACGCCAGGCACAGCCGCUCUGCGAGGAGCUCUGCCAGGCCUGGUUCGCCAACUGCGAAGAUGAUAUCACCUGCGGCCCGACUUGGCUCCCACUCUCAGAAAAAAGGGGCUGUGAGCCCAGCUGCCUUACCUAUGGACAGACCUUCGCAGACGGGACGGACCUUUGUCGCUCGGCUCUGGGCCACGCCCUACCGGUGGCUGCUCCUGGAGCCCGUCACUGCUUCAACAUCUCCAUCUCCGCGGUACCUCGUCCCAGACCAGGACGACGGGCCCAGGAAGCUCCCUCCCGGCGUUCCCGCAGCCCUCGCACCUCCAUCCUGGACGCUGCGGGCAGCGGGAGUGGCAGUGGAAGCGGCAGCGGCCCCUAG